CCCCCCCCCCCACCCCCAAACUCCCCAACUCACAGUCGCUCAUCCAUAGCCCCGGCUCCGGCUCUGCGUUCAAACACAGGCUGAGCAAAGAAAGAAAGAAAGAUGCAUAAGGACAGGAUAUUGAAGCUUGCAAAGGGGUUCAGGGGCAGGGCCAAGAACUGCAUAAGGAUAGCCAGAGAGAGAGUCGAGAAGGCCUUGCAGUACUCCUACAGAGACCGCCGCAACAAGAAGCGUGACAUGCGCUGUCUCUGGAUCCAGCGCAUCAACGCUGGCACCCGUCAACACGGUGUUAAUUACGGAAACUUCAUGCAUGGACUAAUGAAAGAGAACAUCCAACUGAACAGGAAAGUUUUGUCAGAACUGUCUAUGCAUGAACCAUAUAGUUUCAAGGCCUUGGUAGACAUCUCUCGGAAUGCAUUCCCCGGAAACAAGAAUGUGGUGCUUCCUCCUAAAAAGGAAGGCAUUUCAAUUGUUUUGUAAUUGCUGAUUUAGACCACUCAUCCUUCUCAUUGCCUUUUUAAGAUAAUGGAACUGUUAUGAGUUGGUUUUUUUUUUUUUUUUUUUCUUUGGCUUUUGGAACAUCCCAUGUAAUUUUAUUUACACUUUCCUAAAUUCUUUUUGUUCUCUCUUCGCCUUCUCUUUCCCCCCCUGUGGUGAUAUAAUUUUGCAUCACUGGUAUAAAAGAGCUCCAAAUACUGGUAGCUUAUUAAGCA